AUUAGUGCUUUCGUAGUGAUACCGGUUAAUUCAAAGUGAGUGUAAUUGCGUAGUUUUAAUUAAAUUUAAACUUUUGCCAAUCACAAUUAAAUUUUAACCGUUGCGGCAUAAAAACCUAUACGGAAUAAUAAAUUAUUUUUAAAUUUACGUUAAAAUUUAAAAAAAAAACAACAACAAAAAUAUAAAAUGGCAGCUAAACGUAUUGCUCUUCUUAGUGUUUCGGAUAAAACCGGUUUAGUUGAUUUUGGCAAGACCUUAAAUGGUUUAGGUUACCAAUUGGUCGCUAGUGGUGGUACUGCUACAGCUCUACGCAACGCUGGUCUUUCCGUUAAGGAUGUCUCCGACAUAACCGGUGCCCCUGAAAUGUUGGGUGGCCGUGUCAAGACCCUUCAUCCUGCUGUGCAUGGUGGUAUCUUGGCUCGUGUUUCGCCCUCCGAUCAGGCUGAUAUGGAAAAACAAAAGUUUGAUUAUAUCAGUGUGGUAGUGUGCAAUUUGUAUCCCUUCGUAAAUACCGUUUCCAAACCUGAUGUAACUGUGGCUGAUGCCGUCGAAAAUAUUGAUAUUGGUGGCGUUACUCUAUUAAGAGCUGCCGCUAAGAAUCAUGAUCGCGUCACCGUUAUCUGUGAGGCUGACGAUUAUGGCAAAGUUGUAGCCGAAAUUCAACAAAAUGGCGAUACAUCUUUGGAGACCCGCAAACUUUUGGCUUUGAAGGCAUUUACCCAUACCGCCACCUACGACGAUGCCAUUUCGGACUAUUUCCGUAAACAAUACUCCAGUAGUGUUUCUCAACUCAACUUGAGAUACGGUAUGAAUCCUCAUCAAAAGCCUGCUCAAAUAUUCACACAAUUGGAAAAGUUACCAUUGCGUGUUGUUAAUGCUGCUCCCGGUUUCAUCAAUCUCUGUGAUGCUUUGAACGGUUGGCAAUUGGUUAGGGAAUUGAAAAAGGCUUUGGGUUUGCCAGCUGCCACUAGUUUCAAGCAUGUAUCUCCCGCUGGUGCUGCUGUGGGCAAUCCCUUGAGCAGGGAACAAGCCAAAUUGUGUAUGGUUGAUGAUUUGUAUGAUUCUUUAACCCCACUUGCCACCGCCUACGCUAGAGCUAGAGGUGCAGAUCGUAUGUCCUCAUUCGGAGAUUUCGUAGCUCUAUCCGAUGUGUGUGAUGUUGUUACUGCCAAAAUUAUCUCGCGUGAAGUUUCUGAUGGUAUCAUUGCACCCGGUUAUGAGCCUGCAGCUUUGGAAAUCUUAAAGAAAAAGAAGAAUGGAGGAUACUGCAUCUUGGAGAUGGAUCCCGCUUAUGAACCUUCAUCUUUGGAGCGUAAAACCAUUUUUGGCUUGACUUUGGAACAAAAUCGCAAUGAUGCCGUUAUCGAACCAUCUCUAUUCACAAAAGUUGUUACUAAAAACAACAAGAUGCCCGAAGCUGCUGUACGUGAUUUGAUUGUGGCCACCAUUGCCUUGAAAUUCACUCAAAGUAACUCGGUUUGUUAUGCCCGUGACGGUCAAGUUAUUGGCAUUGGUGCUGGCCAACAAUCACGUAUACAUUGCACACGUUUGGCUGGUGAAAAGGCUGAUAACUGGUGGUUGAGACAACAUCCCCGUGUUGCUGGCAUGAAAUUCAAGGCUGGUGUCAAACGCGCUGAAAUCUCAAAUGCCAUCGAUAACUUUGUUAAUGGUACCGUUGGCAAGGAUAUGCCUUUCGCUCAGUUCGAGGCCAUGUAUGAAGUAGUACCUGCUCAAUUCACCGCCGAAGAAAAGUCAGCCUGGCUUAAGGAAUUGACUGGUGUUGCAUUGGGUUCCGAUGCUUUCUUCCCCUUCAGAGAUAACAUUGAUCGUGCUUAUUUGAGUGGUGUAUCCUACAUUGCUAGCCCGGCUGGUUCCACCAAUGAUGCUGGUGUCAUUGCUGCUUGUGAUGAGCACGGCAUUAUUAUGGCCCACACUAAUUUACGUUUGUUCCAUCAUUAAUUUUUGAUUUUUGUGUAAAUUUUUUUCGCUCAAAGUUUUUCGUUUAGUUUUAAGUUAAUUCAUGUUUGAAAUAUACAAAUGUAUUCAGUAAAAGACAAUAAAAUAUUUUAAUCUAAA